CUCCAAGCUCCACGAGGUUUACUUCUGCACCGUUUAUGAGGCUCAAAAAUCGUUAAAAACGGCUUUAAUUCAGUCUUCGCGAUACUUCUUCACACUUUGACGCAGUCACUUGUCCUGAAAGUGUAAGAUUGUGCUCAGUCAGAAUUAGCACAUAGCACUAGCAGUUGACAAACGAGAUCUACAAUAAGAAGAGGGAAGCUGUCAUGUCCGAUCUGCUGAAAGACAAAUCCCAGAGACGAGAGAAGAGGACAGUGAAGGUUCCCUCAGAGGGAAGUCAUGGCGCCAGAGGGAAGGAAGCAACUGUAAGGACUAAAGACUCCAUAAGUAUUGUGUCAUCCAUGGAUGAGCUAGGUCACCAUGACGACAACGCUCGGAUGGUUGUGACGAUGGAGAACACCUACCAGAUGGCACCUUACAAACGCUUCCCUGUCCCUGCUGUCGAAGACAUACUGAAGGAUGUGCUGACCAACUACCUGCAACAGGAGAAAUAUGAAGUAGAGUGGUCGCAAAAAAUGACUAAAACUAUAUGUGAGGUGAUCAGAGCCCGUGUGAAGGACCUCAUGAUCCCCAGGUAUAAAAUAGUCGUCCUGGUCCACAUUGGUCAGCAGUGUGGUCAGAGCAUGCAGAUGAGCAGCCGCUGUCUGUGGGACGCGGCUAACGACACCUUCGCCUCCUACUCGUUCAAGAACAGCUCUCUGUUUGGUGUAGCAACUGUCUAUGCUGUUUACUUUGAGUGAAUCACAGACACCGAGACAACACGCACAGGAGGAGACAGAUAAUGAAUCAUUUUGACCAGCAUUGAAUAGGUUGAAUGGUGUUUAUUUUUGUUAACAUGGAAAAUAAAAUCACACUAUUCUGA